CGAACACGACGCUGGGAUGGCGGACACACCAUAAUACUUCUCUUCAAGAUGUCCUGUAUGAAUGGUUGUCCCACUGACAAUGAAAACAGUCAUCUUGAAUCACUUAACUCAUUACAGUCUUCUGAAAACAUCAAACAUUUCCGGUUUGUAAGCGAAAGCAGACUUACUUCAGAUCAACCUGAUGAUGGAGUUGAUCAUUUAGGAGCAAUUGGGAAAGUCAUCAGUGAUGGAAAGGAAGAUAAUUCUCUUGGUACUAAACAGGAUGCUGUUGAUGAUGAUGAAAAAAUGUCUACAAUCGAUGAAAAUACAUUGAUGCAAGCUAUUGAACCACAUGCUGGACUGUUACGUCUCUUGAGCUUACCAAAUCCAGUGUCCCAGUCUCCUACUGCCAACAACACUGUACUUGUAUUGAGCAAUGUUGAUAAGGGUGGUAUUGAAGCUAAUGUUAUAUUUGAUACACAAAGGUUGAGAUUACAGAAUUUGGCCCAAGCCAGUCUUAUUUCAGCCACACAAGAGAGUAUAGCUAAGGCAUAUGGUGAUGAGGAACCAGUUUCACCUGUAGGUAACUCGUAUACUGUGCAGAAAACAGAAAGUGGUGAAAGAAUUUAUGUGUGUCACUAUGAAGGAUGUGGUAGAUCAUUUAAAGCAUCAAGCCACUUGAAAUACCACAGGGAAACUCAUGCUGGACAAAAAGUAUUGAAGUGUUCAUUUGACGGAUGUGAUAAAAGAUUUUCCUGGCCAGCACAUCGUAAAUACCACAUGAAAACACACCUAGGAGAUCGACCUCAUAGAUGUGAACUAAGUGGCUGCAAUAAAUCUUUCUAUGUCUAUCAAAGACUGAAAGUUCACAUGAGAACACAUACUGGUGAGAAACCAUAUCACUGUUCGCAGGAGGGAUGUGGUAAAGGUUUCUCUACAGCAGGGAAUUUAAAGAAUCACAUUCGAACUCAUACAGGAGAAAGACCUUUUUUGUGCAAUGUCCAGGGAUGUGGCAGAAGAUUUGCUGAACAUUCAAGUCUUAGGAAACACAAAAUAACUCAUUCUGGUUGUAAACCUUACUCCUGUGAUAUCUGUGGCAAACAAUUCUCUCAAAGUGGCAGCAGAAAUGCACACAGAAGGAGACAUUUAACAACAAAUACAGUGGAUACUCCGCAUAAUGAAUUAAACCCGGAUAUGAUGGAGCUUCGACAAGGAGACGAAGAUGUACUACAACUACAAGAUGUGGAGUUUCAUCAUACUUCUGGCUCACCUGGUCACAGCAUUGAAUCAGAGUCCGUUGUUCUUAGCCAGCCUGUUAGUGAUCAUGUUGUAACAGUGACAACACAACCAUCAGAUAAUGUUCAUUUGGGAUUAUCUCGUAAUGUGCUGCAAACAGAAGAUAUGCAUAAUGGAUCUUUACCAAGCCACACAUCAGCUGCUGUUGUGGUUUUGUCUCAGCCACAGCAUACAGUGACUAUGUCAUCACAAGGAACCACCUUUCAUGAUCCUGACACACAACAAACAACAACAGAGGAGAUAGUUUACGAUAGCGAACUUCUUCAUUCAGAGUUGGACCAGAACAUGGUAGCAGACAACAUGCAUGUGACUCACUGUAUGAGUCAAGCUGGCACAUCGGUACAAGUGCAAUCAAGUAAAGAUAUAAUGAAUCUGGGUGCUAUAAUGGAAACAGAGAGUUCUCAUAAUUCUGAUGAUGAUCACAGUGACCCAUUAGGUGCUCCACUACAGCUUGUGUGUGAAGAAAUUGAUGGAUCUCAUUAUAAACUUCAAAAUGUUCGUGAUGUGGAUUGAUUGCUUGCAGUACUUUGAAUAUUCAUUAGGGGUACCCCCAUUUGUCGUACAGAUCAUAUCAGUGAAUGUUUUUUUGGUUUUCUAUUAUUUAUCCCUUUGUGUUUUGAUGUACCCUUAGCCAAAUUACAAUUCACCUACUACAGCUUUUCACUGCCGUUCAGUUACCCACUGGGUAUAGUAUUUACAUUAAAAAUUCUUGGUGUAUAUUGUUUUAAAAGUGUGUGCAAAUAUUGUUAUACAUCCGCAAAAUGUAUGCAAAUGAAAUCAAUUAAACAUUUAUAAGUCCC